GACCAGCAAAUUGGCCGAUUACAGUGCGAGCAGAGACUAAAUGCCUUUGCUUUUAAAUACUUCCUCAGCUCUCUUACUUUCUCGUUCGCUUGCUUCCUCUUUCUCUUCUCCGACUCCCCGUCUUUACCUCCCUUCCUCUUUUCCCCACCCUCCCCUUCGAUUCCCUCACUUGAGGGUUUCCCCGUCUUUUCGUUUCCAAGCUUCCGCCGCCGCCGCCGCUAUCAUGGGUGACGCUCCCGACGCUGGCAUGGACGCUGUCCAAAGACGCCUCAUGUUUGAGGAUGAAUGUAUUUUAGUGGACGAGAGUGACAAUGCUGUUGGCCAUGAAUCUAAGUACAACUGUCAUUUGUGGGAAAAUAUUUUAACUGGAAAGAUGCUGCAUAGGGCAUUCAGUGUAUUUUUGUUUAACACAAAAUAUGAGUUACUCCUCCAGCAACGAUCUGCAACGAAGGUUACAUUUCCUCUCGUCUGGACCAACACCUGUUGCAGCCAUCCUUUAUAUCGUGAAUCGGAGCUUAUUCCAGAGAAUCAUCUUGGGGUGAGGAAUGCUGCCCAAAGGAAGCUUUUGGAUGAACUUGGCAUUCCUGCUGAAGAUGUUCCCGUUGAUCAAUUCACCCCACUGGGUCGCAUGCUCUACAAGGCACCUUCUGACGGAAAAUGGGGCGAGCAUGAACUUGAUUACCUCCUAUUCAUUGUCCGAGAUGUUAAUGUUCACCCAAAUCCGGAUGAGGUAGCAGAUGCAAAAUACGUGAACCGUGAUCAACUGAAGGAGUUACUGCAGAAAGCGGAUGGUGGUGAAGUGAAACUGUCGCCGUGGUUCAGACUGGUGGUUGAAAAUUUCUUGUUCAAGUGGUGGGAUCAUGUUGAGAAAGGGAACCUGAAGGAAGUAAUUGACAUGGAAACCAUUCACAAGUUGUAGAUUAGAAACAAGGGACAUGAAAUAAAGUACUUGCAGAAACAAGUUUAAUUUCAGUAAAUGCAGGCUUGAAAUAGUUGUAAACAUGUGUGGUUUGGUUCAGAUUUAUGUUGUUGCUAAAUUUUGAGUGAAAAAUGUUGCAAACUUACGAGGGCAUGUACCUUAGAUUUGGGUUUCAAUAAGAGAGGUUGUAUUAGUUGAGUGUGUA